AUGUGUAAGUUGUCAUCACGAUCAACACAACUAAUUGAUAAAGGAACUGUUUGUGUUUGCUGUCAAACAACUCACAACAAGAAACGUUGGUACAGAGCUUUUUUAUUGAAUAAAACAGGAAGAAAUCUUGCAUCCAAAGAAUUAAAGAAACACAUUCAUCAAGGAUUUUGUUGUAAUAGAGUAUUUCAAUGGUUGAAGAGAAAAUAUGUUGCCCUAUGCAUUGACAAAAUUAAAAAGGUUAAAAAUUAUAAAAUCAGAAAGGAAGAAUUACAACAUAUUGAAACUGUUCCAUUCGAAACACUGAUUGCAAGUAGAAAAAAUCAAACCUAUUCCAUUAUUGCUCAUGAUGAUAAUCAAAGAAGUGUUCUAGUUCUAAAACGUAAAGCUGACAAGGUUACUUCCAAAAAGAAUCAAUUGAAAAUUUUGGGAGCAAAAUGUAUUCCAUUAAAUUCAUUAAUAGUAAAUGCUUCUCCUAGUGAUACUAUGGAAUUAAUGGCUAAAAAGAAAGAUCUGCAAGACACUGUAAAGGAUGCAAAAUGGUUCAAAUCUAAUUCAAAAAUUCAAAAGAAAAGGAUUAUUAAGCAGGUAAAUGCAACUAUUAGAAAGAGGAAACAAUUAAUGGCUCCUCUUCAAACUUUCGGAACAAACACUCCUCUGUCUACAGCUAAAUUAAUGAAUAUAAUUAAUUCCAAACAAACUAAUAAGGAGAGAAUUUCCAAUACAUAUCUCAAAAAUCCAUUAUCUCGAAUUAGAGCUUGUUUCCACGAUCCAAUAUUUGAGAAGUAUGUAUGUGAUAUGAUUAAUAAUAGCUCUGUAUCUAUGAAAAUACUUGCAACAAAUAUUCUAGCUGAACUUAAAGCAAAAAGCAAUGAUAUUCUUAAUAAGAUCAAUCCAGAAAUGUAUGACAAAAUUUUAAAAUCAUUUGAGAAUCAGCAAAAACACUCACUCAAUACAGAUAUACCUACAAUUUUGAAAUAUUUGUAUAUUGAUCAUUAUUUAAAUAAUGAGAUGGAUUUACAACAAAUAUGUGAUAUGGUAGAUAAAGUUGGUGGCUCAUUACUUGUUGAAAAAGAAGGAAAAUGGCAAGAGGUUGCUCGGACUUUGAAAAUAACUCAAAAAUUCGGAGAUGAAAUAUGUAGAUUUGGUUAUUUCCUUCAAAUUGGUGAAAAACCACCGAUUAGAUGUUUUCAAAGAAGAAAUGUUAAACUUGAUGAUGACAUAUAUAUGCCUUUCUUUGAUGAAAAGGAGAUGAAGGAAGAUUUGCAAGCUUGGUGCAUUGGACAAGAAAUUGAAACAGAUAUUGAUGAAUCCGUUUUGUAUUCUGUUGAUGAAUGGUGUGAGGCUUUUAAGAAGAAUCCACUUGCAGUAUAUAUUGGUAAUCCAAUUAAAGUUCCAAUUAAUCUAAAUGGAAAAGAAAUAAUGGUAAAUGGAGUAAUGCGAAAUAUUAUUCCAGUACUUAUCCACCAUUUGUUAAAAUGUGAUCAAAAUGGGUUCAUCAAACAAGUGGCAGAUUUGGUUAUUGGAUACAAGUUGAUAGAUUGGAUGGAUGGUACUGCUAUGCUAAAUCAAUCCUUAACAAAAGUUAGCAUUCAAUUAUUAUGGGAUGAAAAACUAUUUAACAAAGAGGGAUAUGAUUAUGUUACUAAACCACUACCACUUACCUAUGUAUGGUGCUCUGAAACAAAAUAUAAUGUCAAAACAAUCUCACAGUUAUUAAGGGAUCAAUACACUCAAUUAGUGGAUUUUAAAAUGCCUUUACAUGAGAAGACAGCAACCUUUAAAUUGAAAUUCAUGAGCGCUGAUUAUAGUAAUGCUUCUAAAAGAUGGAAUCAUAAGGUUGGAGGUGAUUAUCGUUGUUCAAAAUGCCCAUUACCAUUUACAGGAAAUCAAUGGGAUUAUGAGCAAUGCCUUUCUUGUUUAAACAAUGGGAAAUCAUUACAAAAUCUCUAUGCUACCAAAAAAUUCCCAGAUGGUCAAGUAGGUCUUCCUCAUUUAGUGAAUGAUGGUAAAUCCACAUCAUUAAAAGAAAGAGGGCUUGAUGAAUACGAAAAUGGCUCUGAAAUACUGCAUGUAACUAAAGGAAUAGGAGCAGGAAUGUUUAGUCUAUUCCAAAAAGAGAAAGACUUUCAAGAGGAGAAAUGUUAUGCUGCUCUUGAUGAAAAUAUCAGAUUGAAUGCAAAAUCUAGCACCAUGUCAAAUGGAGAUUGGAGAUUAGUAUUUUGCAAAUAUGAUGUAUGUGUUCUUCCAUUCGUUAAUCAAGAGAGAGAAAACGCCGAACUACUCAUGUUAUAUUGGCGAGAUAUAUUAAGAUUCCUAUAUUCCAAAAAUGAACAUUCCAAUAUUGAAAAUCAGCAAUUCUGUGUUAAAGUAUUCGUGUUUGGUACAUUGGCAGUAAUGAGAUGGGGAAAUAAUGUUGUUGGGCUGCAUUUUCAUGAUUUGUGGGUCCAUAUUUCAUUAUUGGUUUGGAAGGUUAAUGUGUAUCACCUUUCUGCAGAAAAGAGUGAACAAGCAUUCUCAAAGGAAAAAAGAAUUGCUAAAAAUAAUACUAAUCACAAAACUGAAUCAGCAAUAGUUGAAAUCAUUCGGAGAUCUGUUUUGAGUGAAGUAGUUAAACAAAAUUAUAGCAACAGAUCUUGUGUAAAAUCCAAUGUAGAAAAAGCAUUGAAAGAUAUUCCAAUUGUUCCAAGUGUAAUUCCAAAGGCAAUUAUGGAGCAUCCAAAAUAUUCCAAAUGGUUAUCCUUAUUUGAAUCCAAAAUAUUGGCUCCUAAUUAUCCAAAUUUUUUGAAAUAUGAUUGUAAAGGUCAUAUAAUGCAUGGAGAUAAUUCUGAAUUAUCAGUGGAAUUUGAAAGACUAUUGGAGAAAUGUGUUAUUACUGUUACUGCAUUGCGAGGAAAAAGCAAAUGUCCUUUUUGCAAAAAGACUGAGGUUAUUUCAAUUGAUUGUUUAUCAGGUUCUUGUUUUGCUUGUUGUGAGGAUUCUGGUUGUGUGUUUCAUACUAAAAUAGCCGAGAAGUUAGAAAAGAAUAAGAAGAAGAACAAAAGUAAUGUACCAAUAAUUAAUAAUUCACAAGCAAAUGCUAGUCAAGAUUCUGGAAAUACUAUGCAGCUUAGCAACAACACAGAGUUCAAUCCCACCACUGUUAAUUCCAUUGUUAAUUCCGAGAAGAAAGUACAGUGCGUAAAUGAUGGCUGCACUUUGAUCAAAGUUUCUAUUAAUUGUUCCAACAAGAUGUGUUCCAAAUGUUGUAAGAAUGUGGGUGAGAAAUUAUGCAAACAACACAAAAUAACCAACCAAAGAAGAAAAUCCGUUUCCGAACAAGUUAUUAUUCAACAGCAAACAGUUUCCUUCACUAGUGGAAGCCUAACAAAGUAA